UCCAGUCUGACUGACGCCGGCUGGGGCCGCCGCCGCCGCUGCAGCCGCUGUCUCGGUCCCCGCCGCCGCCGGGCCCUGCAGGCGCUGGGCGCGCGCAGCCAGGCAAGUUGGCCAGCCUGUUCAAGGGCUUAGGAGAAAGUCAACACACUUCGCAACUUGAAUUGGUCCCAGCUGCUCCCAGAAGAACGGGUGGGUUGGUCCCUAUGCCACUCCUGGAGAGCUACUCGCCGCCCACUUUGCCGUGAAGGGCUGUGCGGUUCCCCUGCGCGCCGGAGCCUGCUGUGGCCUCUUAUGCACUCCACCACCCCUAUCAGCUCCCUCUUCUCCUUCACCAGCCCCGCAGUGAAGAGACUGCUAGGCUGGAAGCAAGGAGAUGAAGAGGAAAAGUGGGCAGAGAAGGCGGUGGACUCUCUAGUGAAGAAGUUAAAGAAGAAGAAGGGAGCCAUGGAUGAGCUGGAGAGGGCUCUCAGCUGCCCGGGGCAGCCCAGCAAAUGCGUCACGAUUCCCCGCUCCCUGGACGGGCGGCUGCAGGUGUCCCACCGCAAGGGCCUGCCCCACGUGAUCUACUGCCGCGUGUGGCGCUGGCCGGAUCUGCAGUCCCACCACGAGCUGAAGCCGCUGGAGUGCUGUGAGUUCCCAUUUGGCUCCAAGCAGAAAGAGGUGUGCAUUAACCCUUACCACUACCGCCGGGUGGAGACUCCAGUACUGCCUCCUGUGCUCGUGCCAAGACACAGUGAAUAUAACCCCCAGCUCAGCCUCCUGGCCAAGUUCCGCAGUGCCUCCCUGCACAGUGAGCCACUCAUGCCACACAACGCCACCUAUCCUGACUCUUUCCAGCAGCCUCCGUGCUCUGCACUCCCUCCCUCACCCAGCCACGCGUUCUCCCAGUCCCCGUGCACGGCCAGCUACCCUCACUCCCCAGGAAGUCCUUCUGAGCCAGAGAGUCCCUAUCAACAUUCAGACUUUCGACCAGUUUGUUACGAGGAGCCCCAGCACUGGUGCUCGGUCGCCUACUACGAACUGAACAACCGAGUUGGGGAGACAUUCCAGGCUUCCUCCCGAAGUGUGCUCAUAGAUGGGUUCACCGACCCUUCGAAUAACAGGAACAGAUUCUGUCUUGGACUUCUUUCUAACGUAAACAGAAACUCAACAAUAGAAAAUACCAGGAGACAUAUAGGAAAGGGUGUGCACUUGUACUACGUCGGGGGAGAGGUGUAUGCCGAGUGCGUGAGUGACAGCAGCAUCUUUGUGCAGAGCCGGAACUGCAACUAUCAACACGGCUUCCACCCAGCUACCGUCUGCAAGAUCCCCAGCGGCUGCAGCCUCAAGGUCUUCAACAACCAGCUCUUCGCUCAGCUCCUGGCCCAGUCAGUUCACCACGGCUUUGAGGUCGUGUAUGAACUGACCAAGAUGUGCACUAUCCGGAUGAGUUUUGUUAAGGGUUGGGGCGCCGAGUAUCAUCGCCAGGAUGUCACCAGCACCCCCUGCUGGAUUGAGAUUCAUCUUCAUGGGCCACUGCAGUGGCUGGACAAAGUUCUGACUCAGAUGGGCUCUCCACAUAACCCCAUUUCUUCAGUGUCUUAACAGUCAUGUCUUAAGCUGCAUUUCCAUAGGAUAGAGGCUAUUGCAGGGAGUGGCUUGUAUCAUUUCAGAUUUGCAACUGAAGUUUCUAAAAACAUGUGUAAAUACAUAGAAUGUAUACUGUUCUUAUUUUUUUUAAUCACCAUUUGUUUUGUGCUUUCUAGUUAACCUGAUGCCAGUACGGUGCAAUUGGAAAAGCAGGCCCUUGGUGCCUGUGCUAUAAGCAGCAGAUUUUGUGGGAGGAAACAGUUGAGAGGCAAUAUUGUCAACAGUAUUUGAAGGGUGUUAGCAGAAUAAAAGGCAGCUUUAGUCAGCCGUGUCGUUAUACAGCAUGUUGUGUGGCCUCACAGAAACACUGAAACUGUUUAUACAGCAAAAGUCAGGUAUUAGCAGCACUAGAGCAAAUAUCACUCAGAUGAAACAAAGCAGUGAAACCCGUACAGUUUAAACGAUGUCACUUUGAGUGCUAUUGGCAAGAAAAAAAAAAAACAAACUUGUACAAUGAAUUAAUGAGAUAGGCCAUAGAAACUUUAUUUCUAAGGUUGACAUACCUAUAGCUGGGCUCCCGUGCUCUUAUCAGUGGUACAUGUUAAACUGUGAUCGGAAAAGAAAAAAAACUGUGAAGCCAAAAGUCGUGUUCCCUCAGUCUACCACUGUGAAAACAGAGUCUAAUAUGGGAAAAUAAAUAUGAAAAUAGCAUGAAAUGCUGUUUCCCAAAUUACAAGAUAAGACCAGAACUUGGUCCAAGAGCCACCCAGGGAGACUCCUGCUUUCCACAGAGGAGACCAGGUUCCUGUCGUCCUGGGUGUUCGUGUCAGGCAGUCCUGCAAACUUUGAGUCUGCACAGCAUGCCAGAAUAGCUUGUGUUUCAGUCCUGUGUCAAGAAGCAGGUGAAACCAAAGGCUGGAGAAAAGCGUCACACGUCGACUUACGCUUUCUCAUUUCCCACGUUCCAGUCUCCUGGGAAGGGCACUCUUUUGCCACGUUUUCCUGCCUCUUGGCAAAUAUUAACUCUUUGCAGAUUACUAAAGCAACAGUAAAGACUUUGAGAAAAUCUAGAUACAUUACUGGAUCAAUGAGUUAUUUAACCUGGUGUCUCUGGUGAUUAUCUAAAGUCUCAUACCUGGAAAUAAAUUCCCAAGGAAAGUGAUAAUAAUUUCAUAAUCAUCUGUAAUUUCUGGGGAACAGUGGUACUGAAUAAUAAGACAUCUUUUAAAAAUACACACAAUAUUAAAAACCUAUUCUUAUUUUACUUCAGAUGAGGGAGGAAAAUCCCCCAAAUUUCUAGGUACUUUCAUGUCUAUACUUGCCAUGCACUAAACACUGCAUUGCUUGGAAAAAUAUUUCAUACCCUCUUUAAAAAUGUACAAUUUAAGAUGGCAGUUAAUGCAUGUAACAGACAGCACUUCAGUAAUCCAAGAAGUUUCUUCAUUUAUACAUUUUAUCUCAACUCUUUCUAGCAUUAGUGCACAUGGUAGUUUUUCUAAUUAAAUUGUAUUCAAGGUAGAAAUGAUCAUGUGAGAAAGAUAUAUGAUUGAGCUACUACUGUCACCUCGUAUAAUGACUAGUGUUAUCUAAUAGAAACUUUCAUAUAUACACCAUAGAAAAGAAUUAUUACAUUUUACAUUGAAAAAUGUAAUAUAUGGCCCAUGUAGUGUAUAGAAAAAUCUGUAGUUUAUUGGUUCGUCAACUAUGUAUUGUGCACCUACCUAUAGGUGUCGGGUACAGUGUUAGGUACUGUAGAAUCAAAUGUAAAUAAGAGACAGUCCCAGCCCUCAUGGAGCUGAGAAUCUAAUAGUGAAUCUGUACAGACAUCUUCAUGUUUCAGAACUUUUAAAACAAAACAAAAUAAUGCAAUCUAUCUUUUGCUUGAAAGAAUGUAAUUGAUUUCUUAUCUCUGUUUUGAAAUUUUUAUUUCCUUACUCUUCUGCAAAGUCAGGUAAUGGAUUCCUUGUAUAAAUGCUACUUUUCUUCCAUGUCUCAAAGUUGUUUUUUUUCUCCCCUUUCUUCCCUAUUUUCCAAUAAUUCUCCAUCUCCCCUUUUCUUGGAAAAGGCAUUAAUAUGGUGAAUCUCAUAUGGGAACCAUUCCAUGGGAGAACUUCAACACAGUUUUUGCUCCAGAGAUCAGACAUAGCUUUCGCGAUCUCUCUACCAGCUAUCUAACUUCUCCUCUGGUAAUUUUUUUUUUUUUUUUUUUUUUUUUUUGAGACGGAGUCUCGCUCUGUCACCAGGCCAGAGUGCAGUGGCAUGAUCUUGGCUCACUGCAACCUCUGCCUCCCGGGUUCGAGUGAUUCUCCUGCCUCAGCCUCCCAAGUAGCUGGGACUACAGGCUACCAUGCCCAGCUAAUUUUUAUAUUUUUAGUAGAGACGGGGUUUCACCAUGGUAGCCAGAAUGGUCUCUAUCUCUUGACCUCGUGAUCCACCCGCCUCAGCCUCCCAAAGUGCUGGGAUUACAGGCGUGAGCCACCGUGCCCGGCCUCCUCUGGUAAUCUUACAGCUUUACAGAAUCAAUCUAAACUGGUGGCUCAUAAAUGACAUUAAAAACAAAAAAAAUCUGGAUGCAGUGUCUCAUUCCUGUAGCCCCAGCACUUUGGGAGGCCAAGGCGGGAGGAUCACCUGAGCCCAGGAGUUUAGGGCUGUAGUGAACUAUGAUCAUACAACUUCAUUCUAGCCUGGGUGACAAAGUGACACCCUGUCUCUAAACAAAAAUCAAGAAACAAAAAACUUGUAUUUCCCUGCAGCUUUGGGAAGCCAGAACCCAAUAUUGCAGUGAAUCUGAAUUUUCUGUGACAAAUAAAUUAUCAAAUUGGCACAUAUGAUCAUCACCAGUCAUGUCUCAUCAAAAGCCUUUAUUAAGAUGCUUGUAAAUUUUGAAGAAUUUAGAAUUAAUGAGAAGUUAACCCUUUAGUCAUUGUAACACAAUCAUAUUUUAAUCAGCUUUUUCUUUUGCUACCAAGAGUUUCAAAAAAUAAAUGCAGUAUUUGAUUUCAGGCUUCUAAAUGUGCUCAUUUAGCAUUCAUUCCUUGAUGUAGACAAUUAAAAAAAAACUGAAUAGCAUUCUUUCCAGGAUGACUAAUAAAGCAGACAUGCUAAGCCUAUAAAUACAUCAGCACUGCAGGUUUAAGGUUGCCACGGACAAGGAUCACACAAUAGAGAACGCUGCAGUAACGUUUUGGGCUGCUCACAAGACCCAGAACAUUGAUCAGUUCUUGUUGUUGGUUUAUUAUUUUUCUGUUAAAAAAUUGUGAAAAGUUUGUUUUAGCUAGAUGAUAUUUUAAUAGCUGCAAGUGCUUUGGAACUAUAAAGAUGUCACUACUUAACACAUAUACCUUAUGUUUUGUUUUGUUUUGUUUGACACUCAGUAUAAAUCAGGAAAAGUUAGCCAACCACCUAGCAUUUAGAAUCCUCAUUUUUAUUGUCUUCUAAGGAUUUGGAUGUUCCCAUAACAGCAAAAAAACAGCAACAAAAACAUUUCAUAAAUAUUACUUGAUAGACCGUAAGCACCUGCUUAACUUUGAAUGUGUCCCAAAUAUUUAGUGUCUAUAUAUAUACAUAUAUAUAUUCAACAAAUAAAGCAAAAUAUAACAUGCAUUUCACAUGUUGUCUUUCCCUGUUACGAUUUUAAUAGCAGAACUGCGUGACAGCUUUAGGUGAUCCUAGCAUAUAUUAAAUUCAAAUUAAUGUAAAACAGAUUAACAACAACAAAGACACUUUCUAUUUGAGUGAAGUCAUGCUUUCUAUUAUAAUAACUUGGCUUCGGUUAUCCAUCAAAUGCACACUUAUACUGUUAUCUGAUUGUUUAUAAUAAAGAAUAGUGUACCUAUA